UCAUAAUGGUAUAUUUCUACCGCUUUGUGUUCAUCAAAGACAUCAUAAGAGGUUGUCAGUAGACACCUAUGCUUUGUGCAGGAGUUGGUGUCAACUUCGCCGAAGUUUUCGAGUCGAGUUGGGCACCUGACCAUAUUACUGUGGUAGGAGACCAAGUUAUGCUCACCCUUGACAAUGCUUCUGGCUGCGGGUUUCAGUCGAAGAACAAAUAUUUGUUCGGGAAAGCCAGCGUGCAGAUCAAACUAGUUGGAGGAGAUUCAGCUGGAACAGUCAUUGCUUUUUAUAUGUCUUCGGAGGGAGCUAAUCACGACGAAUUGGACUUUGAGUUUCUUGGGAAUGUUUCAGGAGAACCAUACCUAGUACAAACAAAUGUGUACGCGAAUGGCACCGGAGACAGAGAGCAGAGGCAUAGUCUCUGGUUCGAUCCAACAACGGACUUUCACACUUACUCUUUCUUCUGGAAUCAUCAUACCAUUAUCUUUUCAGUUGAUGACAUUCCUAUUAGAGUGUUCCAAAACAAGGAGAACAAAGGCGUGGCAUACCCGAAAAAUCAAGGCAUGGGAAUUUAUGGAUCAUUGUGGAAUGCAGAUGAUUGGGCUACACAAGGAGGGAGAGUGAAGACCAACUGGAGCCACUCUCCAUUUGUUGCAACAUUUCGAGCGUUCGAGAUCGACGCUUGUGAUUUGUCUGGUGAGGACACAGUUGCUGCCGGUGCAAAAUGCGGCAAGUUAGCAGAAUGCUGGUGGGAUAAGCCAGCUGUGAAGCAGCUGAACAAGAGCAAAAAGCGCCAAUUCAAAAUGGUUCAAUCUAAGCACUUGGUCUAUGAUUAUUGUAAGGAUACUGCAAGAUUCACUCAAAUGCCUAAAGAAUGCUUGGACUAGACCAACAAUUCAGACAGUUCGGCAAGCAACAUGUUAAUCAACGUCUAAAUAUGUUUAUGUCUCGCACAAUUUUAGUUUUCCAAAUUUGUUGGUCCAAUUUGCUGAUCUUAUUUUCUUUUUUGGCUUGUUAUGCUAUCUAACAAUUCAGAA